AUCGAUAUCAGACAAGAGUAAAAUAUACUCAUUUGGCGUUGUUGUUACACAGCAUUUAUUUAUUAAAUAACUAAUAACAAAAUACACAAAGCCAUACAGCCAGAAAUGAAAUUCCCGUUCAAAAAUUAACCCUAUAAAAGAAAAUAUCAUUACCUUUCUUCUGAUUGGACAGGCAUAAUAAUGUUUACCAUUGACACUCUGUGAAAGCUAUUUACGUAGUUUUAACAGAGGAGCCACAUUUGGUGCUUAUUGUCAAUUGGCAUACAAUAAUCCAAAGCCAAACCCAGAAAAUACAGAAAUACAUCGGGAAUCGCGGACAGCUCAAAUAGAGGGUCAGAGGGUGGAAUAAUUAAAAUGGAUUUGGAGCGCGACAACUAUCAGGCCUUCUUUGAGAAGCUGCACAGCACGACCAGUCCACGUAAUCUUAGCCAGAUUUUCGAGGAUGACAACAAGCUGAUGCAAAGUGAAACGAAAAACUUGCGCUACCAGCCGCAGUCGGAGCAGAAGAUGCAGCAACAGCAUAAACCCAAGACAAAAUUGCAGCGCAACAGCAAGCCGGAUUCGAAGACGGGCGAGAGCUGGACGACGCUGAUGGCCGUGGUGGCCGAGGCGUACAAGGGUAACGAUGCUGUCGGUCGCGUCGGCCUGGCUUUGUUGCGCAAUGAGGCCGGUGCCGCCCAGCUGAUGGUGUACAAAAACGGGGCUAAGGUGCUCAGCCGGUUGCUGCUGACCAAAUCGACAGAAUCAUCGCAGCCACGCAUCGGCCAAGGUACUGUGAUAAUGCGGCAAACCUAUUUGCAAUUCUUCGACGAUGAGCACUGCUUCUGGAGCCUUCAUAUUGAACUGGCCAAGGACGAGGAGCGGUUCACACAGGCGCUGACAAAACUGGGCAUGAAUUUAGACGAAACAGCCAAGAAUCUAAACGAUAAAUCCUGGGCCACAGCCAUCGCCAUCGCCACAUCGUCAACCAAAACCACAACCACGAUGCAGGCGGAAUCAGCAGUCCGAGCGAGCAACGAUGACAGCGAAAGCGAGUCCGCACAAUACGGCGACGAUAUUAUCACUACAUACGAUGCACGUGCACCAAUGGCAGCACCAGCACCUGUGGCAGCCACCAAGGCGCUGAUAAAAAGUUGCAGUGCUGUCUCGCUGCCCAGAAGCGAACCGCAGAUGUCCGUAGGCAAGCUGGAGAUCUAUCUGGAUGAGCAGCGUGCCACCGGUCAUUCCAUAGAUAAGAAAAUGGAAGCCAUAAUGCAGGCCUUGUGCCGCCUGACCGGUGACAGCAACAUCACCAGCAGCAGCGUGCACCACUUGAAUGAUAACGGCGAUUCGGCUGCCAUUGGCACGUCCAAGCAAAUAGAUAGCUUACUGCAGGCGAGGAAACUGAUGCAGCCCUGCAAUGACAACGAUGAAGAUGAGCUGCUGGAGCUGGAACAGAAGCUGCUCGAUCUCAAAAAGGAGAAUCGUGCUCUGUUGAAGAGCUUGAGGGUCAAGGAGCAAGCAUUCGAUGACUUGCGCACCACCACCGGUGCCCUCUGCCAGGAUCUGGUGAGCCAAAACACUGAGCUCCGGCAGCAAAACACAUCCCUGAUCGCAGCCAUGUCGACAACAUUGAGUCGAACAAACGCUGACAACCUGACCAUGACCAACUGCAGCAACUGUGAGCAGCACUUGACCAAGAUCGCCGCAUUGGAGACUCGUCUCAUGGCGAUGCAGAACGCAUUGCUCAAGUAUACGACCAGCAAGGGCGCAACUGCAUCCCCGCCUCAGUAAAUAUUUGGGGCAUUCUUCUUGUUGAACCAGCACUGUUGUAUUAUAUAUAUAAAUAUAUGAAAAUCUACAAUAUUAAUUGUCAUUUCAAAUUAUCCAAAAAUUGUGAAAACGAAGCGACAUUUUUAAUUAUGAGUAUUACCUAUCACAAGUGGUAUUCUUUCAAUAUUUUUGUAAAAAGUCAUAAUAAACAUAAUAAAAUGUUUGUUGUCAAUCUUAA